CAACGUGGUGCCUUUCCGAGUUUCUCGGAAUGUGCUCGUGGUUGGCAGGGUUAGGUGUUGUUACGUAACUUCCCCAAUCAAGUGUGUCUAAGUAUGCCGGUUUUCAACCGGUCCUCGAGGCCUCAGCUGCGUGUAGCUUGCAGCAAGGGGAGUCUGACUCUUGCGUCUUGUCCAUUACUACCAUUAGAUACCACUCUUUUUGCUUGGCUUGCUUAGGGAUUCUAUACACUGGCUGGGAAGUCAUAGAGUUGUCGCUUGGCUUUAGACGUGAACAUCGUGCUUUCUACAAGCUUUAAUACCUUUAGAUCAUGGCGGCUUUGACUUCAGCAUACCUUCUGCCAGAGGACGCGUUGAGCCAUCGACGACCCUCGCUCAAGACCGAGGAUGCUCAGGACCAACCUCGUAAAGAUACCUCAAAUCAUGUUCUCACUUGGAAUGAAAUAUCGGAUUGGAGAAGAGACAAUGAGUAUAUCAUUACCGGUUACCGAAGAGUACAGGAAAGCUUCCGAGGGUGCCUUCAUUCGGUAUACGGAUAUCUGCACAACGAAACUGUAAACAUUCACAGUCAUCUACUCGGCGCAUUGAUAUUCGGCUACUUCUUGUUGACGUUUCCCAAAGUUUAUAUCGAUCAGUAUGACGGAACAUCAUGGAUCGAUACAGCUGUUUUUGCCAUCUUUUUAGUCUCAGCUGUGACUUGUCUCUUGUUCAGUGCUAGUUACCAUACUUUUGAUGUGCACUCGAAGGAGGUGUCGACGCAAUGUCAUGCUCUAGACUAUACAGGCAUCAUCGUACUCAUCCUGGGCUCUUUCUUCCCCUGCAUAUACUACGGUUUCUACUGUGACCCACAACACCAGUUCAUCUACCUCUCCAUUCUUUCGAUCGCAGGCGCAGGUGCAGCCUAUAUCGUCUUGAACCCGGAAUACCGAAAACCGACCCAUAGAGGCGCACGUACCGCAGUGUUCAUCGCUCUCGGUCUUUGCGGCGUCAUACCCGUAACCCAUGGCUUCAUCACUCACGGGCUUUACAAGUUGUGUUUUGAGAUGGGGUUCGUGUGGUUGUUGACCUCUGCUGUUUUGUAUAUCGCCGGUGCUCUCCUCUAUGCCAAUCGGAUACCGGAAAAGCUCUCCCCUGGGACGUUUGAUUACUUCGGAGCCUCACAUCAGAUAUUCCAUGUCUGUGUUGUGCUGGCUGCGUUGGCGCAUUAUGCUUGCGUGCUCAUUGCUUUCGACUAUUGGCAUAGUCGUCCUGGGCAAUGCCAAUUGCCCUAAGCUGAAUGAACCGGUGAUGUUUUUUGUAUGAUUGCGAUCUUAGUCUUAUGCAGUGUUGAAUGUUGGAUAUAUCAAAGCCAUUACUAGUGACUAUUAUCUGGGUACGCCCGUUGAGGCCGCAGACAAGGUAUGGUUGCUGGAGUGCUUCAGACAUGAUUGUCAACUACCCGAUAUGAGUAAUGUUACAGUACAACUGCAGAAGACAUCAUCACAAAACAGAGUUCAAAUCAUGGAAGACGUUUUGGAUGGUGUGAUUAAAUUAAAUCUCAUUAGCAGUGUAGAG